CUCUCUCUCUCUCUCUCUCUCUCUCUCUCAUCUCCAUCUCUGCGCGCAUGAUCGCAAUAGUGUUCCACUAUCCGCCGCCCGUGACUCUAAUGGUCCGUGACUGUAAUUCAUUUUCCUUUUUCAAUUAAUUAGUUACACACACACUUAUACAUAUAUACACACACACAACGUUAUCCAAAUGGCUUCGUCGAAACCACUCCAUCAUCCCCUCUUCUCCUCCGCUAAAUCCCACCGGAGAAAACUCCCAAUCCGCUGCUUCUGUCUCUUACUCGCCGCCAUGUCCUCCGUUCUCAUCCUCCUCUUCUCUCUAUCCCUCCUCGCCUCUCAAUCUUCCUCCUCCCGCCACCGAUCACCCUCCGCCGCACCUCCCCCCGCCGCAGCUCAGAUCCGCCUCGCCUGCAAGGCCACUCGCUACCCAGACCAAUGCCUCGCUUCCCUAUCCGAACCGGGCCGGGUCCCUCCGGAUCCGAGCCCGUCUCAGAUCAUCCGCUCGGCGAUCUCCGUCUCUCUGCAAACCCUCGGAACCGCCCAGUCGAAAGUGAAGUCCAUCCUGGACGCGUCCGCAGGGAAGAAUCUCGACCGCACCAACGCCGCGAACACGUGUCUCCAGCUGCUCUCUUACUCCGAGCGCCGCACUCGAUCGACGGAUCAGGCUCUGACACGUGGAGGCGGAAUCAAAGACGCGCGCGCUUGGCUCAGCGCUGCUCUCGUGUACCAGUACGAUACGUGGUCGGCGCUCAAGUACGUCAACGACACUAAACAGGUCGGCGAAACGAUGUCGUUUCUCGACGGGCUUAUCCACGUCACCAGCAACGCUCUUAGCAUGAUGGUGUCGUUCGAUAACUUCGGAGACGACGUCGCGUCGUGGACUCCUCCGAGAACGGAACGGGACGGUUUCUGGGAAAAGGCUGGGCCGGGUUUGGGCUCGGAGGCUAAUAUGGGCUUCCCUUCCGGUUUAAAAGAAGACGUGACGGUCUGCAAAACCGGGAAAUGCGGUUACAAAACGGUGCAGGACGCCGUUAACGCUGCGCCGGAAGAUAACGGAGCGGUUAAGUUCGUUAUAAAGAUCAGCGAGGGAGUGUAUGAGGAGACCGUUAGAGUUCCGUUUGAGAAAAGAAACGUCGUCUUCGUCGGAGACGGUAUGGGCAAAACGGUCAUUACAGGAUCGUUGAACGCUGGUAUGCCUGGGAUCACCACGUACAACACUGCCACUGUCGGAGUGGUAGGAGAUGGGUUCAUGGCGCGUGAUCUAACGUUCCAGAACACAGCGGGACCAGACGCUCACCAAGCUGUAGCCUUUAGAUCCGACAGCGACUUUUCUCUGCUGGAGAACUGUGAGUUUCUUGGGAACCAAGACACACUCUACGCACAUGGACUUCGCCAGUUCUACAAAAAAUGUCGUAUCCAAGGAAACGUUGACUUCAUCUUCGGAAACUCAGCUUCCGUGUUUCAAGAUUGCGAGAUCCUAAUCGCGCCGCGUCAGCUUAAACCCGAGAAGGGAGAGAAGAACGCCGUCACUGCCCAAGGGAGAGUGGACCCGUCACAGUCGACGGGGUUCGUGUUCUUGAACUGUUUGAUAAACGGAACAGAGGAGUACAUGAAGCUGUAUAGAGCUAACCCCAAGGUGCAUAAGAACUACUUGGGGAGGCCGUGGAAAGAGUUCUCCAGGACUGUGUUUAUAGGCUGCAAUUUAGAGGCUUUGGUUAUUCCUGAUGGGUGGUUACCGUGGAGCGGGGAGUUCGCGCUCAAGACGCUGUAUUAUGGUGAGUCUGAGAACACGGGUUCAGGAUCUGAUAGGUCAAAAAGGGUUUCAUGGAGCAGUGAGAUUCCGGACGAGCAUGUUCAUGUUUACUCGGUGGCUAACUUUAUUCAAGCCGAUGAGUGGGCGUUGUCUGGUUAAAUCAAUUCAAGACUAAAAGCUUCAUUAGUAGAAACAUUUCUCAUUGUACUUUAGUUGAGAGAGUUUAUAAAACUUUAAAAAAAAAUUUCCUAA